AUGGCAAGAGAGAUUGUGAAUGCAGAAUUGGAGGAGAUGUUGAGUGAAUCAUUAGCAUAUUCUAACGAAGCUAAGAAAUUGCCGUUUUUGUCAUUAAAUCAUGUCUCUUUUGUCUGCAAAUCUGUCAAGAAAUCUGUGCAGUUUUACGAGGAAGUUCUUGGAUUCGUCCUAAUCAAGAGACCCUCUUCUUUCGACUUUGAAGGGGCUUGGUUGUUCAACCAUGGAAUAGGAAUCCAUUUGCUUGGAGCAGCAGAAAAUGUUCCCAACAAGAAAGAGAAAAUAAACCCGAAAGACAACCACAUUUCAUUCCAAUGCUCAGAUAUGGAACUCAUAAUCCAGAAAUUACAAGAAAUGGAGAUAGAAUAUGUGACAGCAGUGGUUAAAGAAGGAAGCAUAACAGUGGAUCAAUUGUUCUUCCAUGAUCCAGAUGGCUAUAUGAUUGAAAUUUGCAAUUGUCAAAAUUUACCAGUUCUUCCACUUUCAUCCUGCCCUCUUAAGGAGCUACCAAACCCUAUUCCUAAAAUAACAACAUCGUCUAUCUCCUGGAAGAAGUUGCAGUGCAGAGAAGUAGAAGCUCUGAUGCUGGAGAAUUUGGCAGCGGAAAUGAUGGACAUUUCAAUUUGA